UACAAAAUUUGUUUUAUUCAAGGUUUUCCAGACUGGAUUGUGAAUUUGUGACAUCAAAGUUAAUGACGUUCUGUCCUCUGGCUUUUAAACUGGAAUUUAGCAGAAAAGUAACAUUAUUUUACUCAGCUUUGCCUGAGGAGCUUAUAUUCGAUGGCUGGGUGCUACACGUUUACUGCAUACCAGGAUGAGACAGUCCCAGAAAUCUUGGAUUGAAGGUAUUUUCUGUAAACGAGAAUGUGCAAAGAUAAUACCAACAAGCAAAGAUUCUCACAGAUGUCAUGGAGGAUGUCAUGUCUGCCAGAACCUGAUCAGGUGCUUCUGUGGAAGAUUAAUUACAGAUCAUCCGGGUUUAGAUUACGACUGGCCAGUUUAUUCUGAUCCACAAGAAAGAUGUGAUGAAGAAUGGUUAGUUCACAGACACACGAAGGCAAGCCCAACAGAUGCAUAUGGCACCGUCAAUUUCCAGGAUGGCCAUCAUACAUAUCAUGCAAAGUAUAUUAGAGUAUCUUAUGACACAGCUGUGGACCAGUUGAUGCAUCUGAUGAUAAAACAAUGGCAGAUGGAGCUUCCCAAACUUGUUAUAUCUGUUCAUGGAGGAGUUCAGAAUUUUAAACUUCCUCCGAAAGUGAAGAAACUUUUUGGUAAAGGUUUGGUGAAGGCAGCAGAGACUACAGGGGCAUGGAUCCUUACAGAGGGAAUUAACACAGGAGUCUCGAAACAUGUAGGUGAUGCCCUGAAAGCACAUGCCUCCCAACAUCUAAGAAAAAUCUGUGCAAUCGGAAUCCCACCAUGGGGAGUUAUUGAGAAUCAAAAGGAUCUUAUAGGAAAAGAUGCAGCUUGUCUUUACCAAACCCUGUUGAAUCCACUUAGUAAGCUCAGCAGUCUGAACAGUAUGCACUCUCAUUUUAUUAUGGUGGAUGAUGGCACAGUUGGAAAGUAUGGUAAUGAGAUGAAACUUAGGAGAAACCUCGAGGAAUACAUUUCUCUUCAGAAAAUACAUACAAGAAUGGGACAAGGAGUUCCAGUGGUUGGCUUGGUUGUUGAAGGAGGUCCCAAUGUGAUCCUUAUGGUGUGGGAAUAUGUCAGGAGUACACCAUCAGUUGCUGUAGUGGUUUGCGAAGGGACAGGAAGGGCAGCUGACAUUUUGGCCUUCACUCACAAGCACACUGCUGAUAGAAGGGAAAUCUCUCCACACUUAAAGGAUGAAAUCUUGCAGAUGAUUCAGAAAACAUUUAAUCUCGGUCAUAGACAAGCUAAUCAUGUUUUAUGUAUUCUACUUGAGUGUAUGGAGUACCGGGAUUCUAUUACCAUUUAUGAUGUAGAGUCUGAAGAACAACAAGACAUUGAUGUGGCCAUCCUGACAGCUCUUCUAAAGGGGACCAACAUGUCAGCCCCAGAUCAGCUGAGCUUGGCACUGACUUGGAACAGGGUGGACAUUGCUAAGAAACACAUUCUAGUGUAUGGGCAGCACUGGAAAGUGGGCUCUUUAGAACAAGCAAUGCAGGAUGCUCUGGUAAUGGAUCGUGUGGACUUUGUGAAAUUACUAAUUGAAUAUGGAGUGAAUAUGCAUCGUUUUCUGACAAUAAGCAGAUUGGAAGAGCUUUAUAAUACUAAACAAGGACCAACAAAUCUGCUCUUGCACCAUCUUGUUGGAGAUGCAAAACAGUGUCAUCUUGCCCUAGACUACAGAAUCACUCUAAUUGAUGUGGGAUUGGUCAUUGAAUACCUGAUUGGUGGAGCUUAUCGGAGUAGUUACACAAGGAAGAGUUUUCGAGUGCUGUACAAUGGCCUUUACAGAAAGCAAAAGAGAACCACCCACAAUUCUACUACGAGUCUUGUACGGAGCCUCUCUCAUCUUUCCAUAAACCAGAACAGCCAGAUGAACAGCAAGCUUCCAUCACCUGAGAAUACCUUACAUUCCCAGUUCUGCCGAACAGCCCAACCUUUUAAGCGCAAGGAGAAGACCACUGGAACCCAGAAAUCAAAGAAGAAGCUGAAAGAUGAGCUAACCUCCACUGAAGAAAAUGAAUUAGGUGGCUUUGUGUAUCCCUACAAUGACCUGCUAGUUUGGGCUGUUUUGAUGAAGAGACAGAAAAUUGCCAUGUUCUUCUGGCAACUUGGGGAAGAGGCUAUGGUGAAGGCGGUAAUUGCCUGUAAACUAUACCGGGCCAUGGCACAUGAAGCAAAGCAGAGCAAUAUGGUGGAUGACACUUCAGAUGAAUUAAAGAAAUACUCUAAAGAGUUUGGCCAGCUGGCUUUGGACCUUCUUGAAAAAGCUUUCAAACUGAAUGAGCAAAUGGCCAUGAAACUUCUGACAUAUGAGCUUAAAAACUGGAGCAACUCAACUUGCCUGAAACUGGCUGUGUCAUCUGCUCUGAGGGCCUUUGUGUCUCACACCUGUACACAGAUGCUGCUAACAGACAUGUGGAUGGGCUGCCUAAAAAUGAGGAAGAAUUCUUGGCUCAAGGUCAUUUUAGGCAUUUUUUUGCCACCAUUCAUCUUGAUGUUGGAAUUUAAAAGCAAAGCAGAAAUGUCUCAUGUGCCUCAAUCCCAAGAUUUCCACCAGUUUGCCAGGUUCUAUGUAGAUGCUCCCACUCAAAAUACGAGGCUGGAACAGGUGGUGCAAAAUUCUGAUACAGAAAAAGGAGCAAAGGAUCCAAGUGAUGAUGACAAAAGUUUGAGAGCUCAAGGAAACCUUCCGGUAACCAGGAAAGUCUGUGAGUUCUACCGGGCACCUAUUGUCAAGUUUUGGUUCCACACUGUGGCAUACCUGCUUUUUCUCAUACUAUUUACUUAUGUAGUGUUGGUGAAGAUGGAGCCAGUACCCAGUGUUCAGGAGUGGCUGGUCAUUCUUUACAUGUUUACCAAUGGUAUUGAGAAGGUCAGAGAGGUUUUUAUGUCUGAACCUGGAAAAUUCAGUCAGAAAAUCAAAGUGUGGCUUCAUGAAUACUGGAAUCUGAUAGACUCCAUUGCAAUUAUUUUAUUUGUAAUUGGCUUUGCCUUGCGCUGGGCUGACCCACCUCUCCAAACUGCAGGGAGGAUAAUCUACUCUCUGGAUAUCAUAUUUUGGUACACACAACUCCUAGAUUUUUUUGCAGUAAACCAGCAGGCUGGACCUUACAUAACUAUGAUUGGAAAGAUGACUUCAAAUAUGUUUGGCAUUGUGAUUAUUAUGGCCAUUGUGCUGUUGGCCUUUGGAGUAGCAAGAAAAGCGAUUCUUUUCCCAUCAGAGCCUCCUUCCUGGACUCUGGCCCGAGAUAUUGUGUUUGAGCCAUAUUGGAUGAUGUUUGGUGAAGUAUAUGCUUCCGAUAUAGAUGCUUGUGAAGAAGAUCCAGACUGUCCACCUGGCUCAUUCAUCACGCCAUUCCUUCAAGCUGUCUACCUCUUUAUUCAGUACAUCAUCAUGGUCAAUCUGCUAAUUUCCUUUUUUAAUAAUGUGUAUCUGGAGAUGAAAUCCAUCUCUCACAAGCUGUGGAAAUAUAACCGCUACCGAUACAUCAUGACAUAUCACGAGAAGCCAUGGCUACCUCCUCCACUGAUCUUACUGAGCCAUAUUUAUUUACUUGUCAACCAUCUUUGCCAUCGUCGCUCUCACAGUGAGAAUGACCAGGAUGAAGGAGACUUUGGACUGAAACUUUACAUGAGUGAUGAUGACUUGAGGAAGCUCCAUGACUUCGAGGAGAAAUGUGUGGAGACAUAUUUUCAUGAGAAAAAUGAAAGCUUGCACUCAAGUGACAGUGAGAGGAUUCGUGUAACCACUGAAAGAACUGAAGAAAUGUUCUUGCAACUUAAGGAAAUGGGUGAGAAAGUUUUCUAUAUCAAAGACUCCUUGAUUUCAUUGGACAGUCAGUUGGGGCACCUACAGGACCUUUCUGCUUUAACAAUAGAUACAUUAAAAGUCAUCUCAGCAGUGGACUCUCUACAAGUGGAAGAUGCCUUAAUGAACGACCAAAAGAGUCUCUCUUGUAAGAAGAUACCACAUAGCUGGAGUAAUGCUACAUAUUCACAGAACAACAAAAAAUAUAAUUAUUAUAGUAUGCCACCAUCACUUCUAAGGACAUUGGCAAGGAGCCAGAUGUCUUCAGAGUGUCACUGUCCCACUGAACAAACAUUCUCACAUUUUGAUGACUGUAAGACAGAGGAACCUGAGACAGAGAGCGACACUGUAUCAUCGGAAAGUAAGUCAGCACCUCAGUAUGGAAAUUUUCUUCUUGUUCCUUCGAGCCCAGUUGGAUCUCCUUGCUUUGAUGAGCCUGUUUUGAGCUUUUCAGGCCAGAGAUGCCAUCAUGAAUCAGCUUCCAAAGAUGAAGAAAACAAUGAUUCUGCUUCCAUCACAAAUGUUAUUCAGUGUGUGUAUGAACAUGAGAAGAAAGAGCUGGACGGUAAGCAGUUAUUACAUGAAGAUGUAAAGCUUUCAGUAAUAAACAUGAAUGAGCUCCAGGAAGAUUCAGCUAAUGAAAACACUUCAGAUGAAGGAUCUGCAAAUGUUGAAGUGAAACAAUCUCCAAGCUGUACUAAUGAUGAACCUAUGGGGGUUUUUGUGAACUGGGCGUUUUCAGAGGAUGGUGAAAUUGGAAUAUUUAAUGGUGGAAAGAGUCAGCAGCUUUGCAUUCAUCCCAAUCACUUUAAAGACUGCCAGUGUGUAAAUAAUUUUGACCGUAAAGGCUUGCACAUUGAAACACACUUAUCUUCCGGUUACUCUGAUAAGGCUUUGCUAGAUGUUGACAACCCAGAACAGAGCACAUCGUCCUGGACCAGCCCUCUACACAUAAGCUGGGAUUUUGCAAAGUCAAGCUUCAGAAAGCACAAGGAAAAGAAAGAUGGGAAGACAAGCAUAACAAAAGAAUUUGCAAAACCUUCAGACUUUUAUCAGCUUGGGUGGGCCAAAGAGAAACUUCGUAACACCUUCAGAAGAUCUUUCAAAGGAAAGACAAAGCAGACUCUACUUCAAGUUCCUGUCAUCACUGUUGAUGGUUGUUCUCAAAGCACCGAGAUGAGCUCAGAACCGGCAGACUGCAGCAGCUGGAAUUAUGAGAAAGAAGAACAAAGCAAGAACAGGUUGACUGUAUCUAGUUUCAGUCAGCUAAGUUUGGAGCCCAUGACUUAUGUAAGGCAGCAAUUGAAGACUCAAGAAAUUGAAAGAAAUCUGAUGCAAACAAGUGAAUACCUGAGGCAAUCCCGAGAAGGACUAAACAAUAGUACAGCUCAACUGAGGAGGAGUCCUUUGCUCAGACAUUCAGAUGCAGUUCAAAAAAUGUCUACUUCUUUAAAAGCCUCUCAAGAUUUAAACAAUCAUUACUCAGCGGUCGAAAGAAACAACCUAAUGAGACUUGCACAGACCAUACCUUUUACCCCAGUACAUCUAUUUGCUGGAGAAGAAGUCACUGUCUAUAAACUGGACGAAAGUUCUCCAUCCAGUCUGGAUAAUAGUAUGUCUUCCUGGUCACAAAGAGGGAUGGCAGCAAUGCUCCAGGUUCUUACUCCUGAGAAAAUGGAUGGAGGUCUACGUAGGGCUUUAAAAGUAGUGUGCACAUGGUCAGAGCAUGAUGUUCUGGAUCCCGGAGAAAUCUUUAUAGUGAAAUCCUUUCUUCCUGAGGUGGUACAGACAUGGCAGAAGGUUUUCCAUGGUGACACUGUAUUGCAGCUUUGUCUCAGGGAAAUUCAGCAGCAAAGAGCAGCACAGAAGUUGAUAUACACCUUCAAUCAAGUGAAGCCACACAGUAUUCCUUAUAAUCUGAGAUUUUUAGAAGUCUUUCUUAUCUAUUGUCAUUCUGCUAACCAAUGGCUGACAAUAGAAAAAUACAUGAGUGGAGAAUUUCGUAAGUAUAACAACAACAAUGGAGAUGAAAUCAACCCCACUACUUUACUGGAGGAGGCUCUUUUGUCGUUUUCUCACUGGACCUAUGAAUAUACAAGAGGAGAACUGCUUGUUCUUGACCUGCAAGGUGUUGGGGAAAAUCUUACGGAUCCAUCUGUUAUUAAACCGGAAGACAAGCAGUCAAGAGGUAUGGUGUUUGGGCCAGCCAAUUUAGGAGAAGAUGCGCUUACAAACUUUGUUUCCAAGCACCGCUGCAAUUCCUGCUGCAGGAAGCUUAAACUUUCUGACUUGAACAGAAAUGACUACUCACCCGGAAAAGUCAACCUAGGGUUUGAAAUUGAAGAAGCAGACACAGAUGAAGACAACCUGGAAUAUAAUACAAAACUCUAAGACAGCAAUGUUACCCAGCUAUAAGCAGGGCUUUGUACC